CUUCCCUAGCAGGGGCCCGGCGCGCCCAGCCCCGGAUGGAUGACUUCAUCCUUCCGCCCGGGUUUCCUUUAUGAUGUAGGGCUGUCCCAAGCGCUCGGCUCAGACGCUGAUCGAGGCUGCUGCGCGCCGCACUCCCUUGGCUGGCUGGCUGGCUGGCUGGCUCGCGCCCUUCCUUCCUUCCUUCCCCCCUCGCUCGCGCUCUCCCUCCCGCCCCCCGCCAGCUGCGCCGCCGCUGCACAGACUGCCCGUCUCUCUCCCUCUCUCUCCGUGUGUUCUGUACCACUCCGAGGAAGCCGACCAGAGCCGCCACCAUGUCCGAGAUCCUGCCCUACAGCGACGAGAAAGUGGCCCGCUAUGGCACCGACUCGGAAGUCAGCGAGAUCUCCUUCAGCUGCCGCCUCCAGGACACCAACUCCUGGGGCAACCAGUCCAAGAGGCCCCCCAAACUGGGCCAAAUUGGCAGGGCCAAGCGAGUUGUGAUCGAAGAUGAUAGAAUAGACGAGGUGCUGAAGGGGAUGACAGACAAGUCGCCUUCCGGGGUAUAAAUCCGAACCGAAGGCGCCUGCACCCAGCUGCAGACGGAUCCCUGAAUUUUUAAGCACUUUUGGCUGUGCAUGUUUGUUGGGAUUGUGGACAACAGGGAAAGCAAAGGAAGGAGAUGAGGCUGCUGGCAACACCCUCCACCCCCAACCCAGACCCCAACCCGAAGAGGUUACUGAUGGGGGUCAUCUCACCCUCCUCCGCAUCCCACCGAGAGAAAAGGGACGCCGCGAUCUUGUCACCCACCUCUCUGUCCUGAUUACCAAUGCACGACGCCCUACCCCGGAGUUGCAUAGUCAACAACAACCACCCUUCUAGAAGGAGCUGCCUCGGGUGGGACGGAGCUCUUGCGCCUUGGGGAGCUGUCCAUUUCAGCACCGCCGCUCGCCCCGCGAAGUUGUCGGCGCUAGCACCAUCCUCCUGCGGUUGGAGAGCCGUCGAUCUCGGCGCCACCUCUUGGGAUGCUCUUGCUGUGCCGCUGUCCAUUGCAGCAGCCUUCCCUGCGCCCAUGCUGGGUUGCUGCCUGUUUUUCCCAUGUGCUGGAACCUUCUCUCCCCCCCCCGCCCCCUCCCAUUCCUUCCGUCCAGUUCUCAGCAGCAGUAUAGAGUCCCCACUUGAUCUUGGGUGACCCCAUGCCACGAUAUGAAGGUGCUGUUCCUCUGAGAGCCCUGAGCCACGGGAUCGCCCAGCGCUCUCCAUUUUUAGGGUGGGGGGUUUUUCUUUUAGUGAUGCACUUUACACCUUCCACUUUUUAAGGGGUGGCUGUGUAGCUGACACCUGCAUAGACAUAGAACCGCAUACACACUCUCACCUAUACAGACACAUGUCUCUAAAUAUAACCAGCUCAUUGUGUUUGCAGUCAUCUUGUGUUUCAAAACCAACAACCAUUCCGUAAGACACAGUAGCCCCCCUCCCAACCCACCCGAAAAACCCAAGCAGUUUGCAAAAUACCAGCAGUUUGGAAGCAAACCCAAAGCCAGCAUUGCUGAGUGGAAGACAGAAGUUCUGACGUGGAUGGACUAUAAUAUAAAAGACAGUGAUUGUUCUGCUGUCGAGAGACAUUUUUGCUCCAUCUUUUUUGCAUGAGCUUCCUGGUCUUGGUGCCACGUCUUGGUGCCUCUAGUCAUCCCACCAUGGCACGCUUCUUUUUAACAGAAACUCCUCAUAUUUGUAUUUUUAUAUCUGAAUAUUUGUUAACAACAAUCUGCUAAUGUCUAAUGUCAAAACAUUGCAUCAAAAGAUUGUUUAUAUUUUUUUUCCAUAAGGAAGGCAGACAUGGUUUUAUAAGAUGGAUUUCCCACUGGAAGGCAGAUAUUUCGAAAUCGUUGGCUCUCUCAAUUAUAUAUCAGUAUUGGACAGGACUUCUUGAAUGUGUUCCAGGUUUUGCACACAUCAUCGUUAACAAGAAAUGUAUUUAAGAGUCUUAUACUGUGAUCCAUGGCUUUGUUGAUGGACUUCGUAGGAACAUGAUGAAUUUAGAAAAAAAAAUGCUAUUGCACUGUUUAUGAAUGUGUUCAGAUAACUUGCUGGUUAUUUGAUGCCUCUUUCUUAGGAGGGGAUGUUCAGAGUUGUUUUUAAUUUUGUACUUUAAUUUUUUUUUAAAAGAAGCUUAUUCUUGUCCAUUGUGCAUGAAAACCCCGUCAUCUUUUCAAUAAUAUACAGUGACAUUUUAUGAAUACAAUGAAGCAAAAAAAAAAAAAAGUCAUGACAUUCUAAGAAUGACCCAUUGUAAAGUUUAAUGCCAUUUUUCACUGUACUGGUGAACAAAACUCAAUGAAUAAAUACAUACAUGUACCGAAAUGGAA